AAGUUCCACUUCUUGCGACUUGAAUUAAUUUUUACCCAUCCCUCCUCCACUCGUCAAUUUUUCCGUGGAAACGAGGAGAAAUUUCCUGCAGCGAAUACAGAUGUUCUCUUUUCAUAAUUUUAAUCUUCAAAAAUACUUUUCGUGCGUAUUCAUAUUGCAGGUACAUGUGUAUGGUUUUCAUUGAAAAUGGUUGUGUUCCUUUGAAAAAUAUUGAUACUUCACCCCCCUCGCCCAUGAUACUCGCAAAUAUCUCAAUCAGCACCCCUAAAGAUCAGCAUCGUUGGAUUUUGGAUCAAAAAGGACGAAAAUUGAAGGAUUUGGAUAAAAAUACCGGAACCAAAAUAAGCAUACUGAGUAUUAACGAUUCGUCUGAUGAAAUCGCCGUCGUUGAAAAUCGAGAAAGUAUCGAAAAAGCGGUUCACGAAAUUCGUGUCAUUUCCGAUGAACAGUCUAAGAAAGCAUUUGUCAGAGUAAGCGUUCCGAAAAUCUAUCAUCCCUUCGUUACCGGCGCGAAUAACGAGAAAAUCAAUCAACUGAGUCACGAAACGAAUACCAGGAUCAAUGUACCUCCGCCUUCCGUCGAUAACACCGAAAUAACCAUAACUGGAGAAAAAGAAGGAGUAUUGAAUGCGAAAAAUCGAAUCAUGCAGAUAUAUCAAGAUAUGGAAAAAAAUUGUAAAAAUAUCAGCGUCGAAGUACCGAAAUGGCAACACAAAUACGUAAUCGGACACAACGGCUCAACUAUGGCUGAAAUCUUGUAAGAAACUGGCGUUAGUGUAGAAGUACCUGCGGCUGACGUCGUCGAUGACACCAUCACUUUACGUGCACCGUGCCAAGUUCUUGGAGAUGAUAAUUAUCAGCAAAAUGGGAUUUCUGAAAUCAACGGACACGCUGACGAUAAAGAUCAGGCUAAGCCUUGCGACACUGUUUAUAUUACAGUUAAACCAGAAAAUUGCGAGAGUGCUAAGCGCAGAGUCUUCUACAUAUUGUUCCAAUUACUUUAGAGCUAUAUCUUAUAGCUAUCACGGUUUGAUUAUUGGACCUAGCGGGAAAUUGAUCCGCAAAAUUAUCAAUGCGCAUGACUGACGUUCAAGUGGACGUCCCUCAGAUAGACAUGAAAUUAGAUUUAAUUGAAGUAAGUGUUUCUCUCACAGAUACAGCGAAGAAGUCAACAUAGAUCGUCGCGUUCACCCUAGAAUAAUCGGAGCUAAAGGUCGACAAAUCAGGAAGAUAAUGGAAGAGUUCGACGUUGAGAUCAGAUUCCCUCGCAAUACAGAUGCUGAUCCCGAUACCGCUGUGAUAUUCGCCGACGAAGAUAAGGUCGCUGAUUGUAAAGAUCAUCUGUUCACUUCGCAAGACGACUCUUUUCAAAACGUUCAUGAUGACGUGAAAGCGCCGAGUACAUCGGAUAUGAUAUUCGACGGCGGAAAUACUCGUAAUAAACCUGACGAAGCCGGGUUCGUCGUGAAAAAUGCCCAUUUGGAUCAAAAAGCACCAGAUAUGAGUAGUAUUGCGGAGUUUCCGUAUUUUGAAGCCGUCGAUAGUAGUACAACUUCCGCUCAGUUAGGGUCCGAAUCGAAACCUACUUGGGGGCAACGGCGUCAAGUGCCUUAGUGCCUUUUUCUUAAAUUAGGGUCCUUUUUUCUUUUUUUUUAAAUUAUAAAUUUAAUAAUUUAAUGCAUAAUUACUUCCAUUUUAAAGAUAGUAUUGUUGAAUCUUGAAAAAUGAAAAUAUGAUUGCUUUUUUCAUUUCUUUUCUCUGUGAAAUAAAUUAGUCAUUCGUUGCA